GGCCUUGCGGAACCUGGAGUCUGUGUUUACACAAGGGAGAGGACUUACUUGGUAAACCUCAAACUGACACUGAAACAUGCCGCAGCUCGUCAUACUCACUCUCAGCCUGUUACCAUGGAUCCCAGCCUUCCUCUGUGGGGUAACUACCAUGGAAGAGUUUUCAGUCCUGGAGGGUCGAUCCCUCACAGUCCCGUGUCAUUAUGAGCCACAGUAUGCCAGCUAUGUGAAAUACUGGUGUCGUGGGAGGAUGAGGGAGUUCUGCACCAGCUUAGCCCGAACAGAUGACCCCCGUUCAGUCGAUCCAGCUGUGGACAAAGUGAGCAUUUUAGAUGACCCGGUCCACCAGGUGUUCACCGUGACCAUGAAUGACCUGAAGGUGGAUGACUCUGGGUGGUACAUGUGUGGCAUGGAGAUAGGUGGUGUGUGGAGUGCUGAUGUUGUCGAAUACACUAACAUCAAGGUCAAUCAUGGUAUGUUAGUGGUGAACAACCGACUGAGUGGGGAAGAAGGGAGCAGUGUCACAGCUGAAUGUGAAUACAGUGUGAGAUUCAGAGAGAGUGAGAAGAAGUGGUGUCGGAGUGGAGACUGGAGCUCCUGUCUGGCGACAGGUUCUGACGGGAGCUACGAAGACACUUCAGUGGCCAUCAGUGAUGACAGAACUGGGGCUUUCACUGUAACCUUAAAGAAGCUGCAGAUGAGAGAUGCUGGCUGGUACUGGUGUUCUGCAGGACAGCAGCAGAUAUCUGUGCAGGUGCUGGUCACACCGCGACCCACGACUACAGCAGUGUCUGUGACAUCUCUACUGACCCCAAGUCAGUCUGUUGCACACCUGCCUCCACCCAAACCCAUCUCUAAGGAGUCCUGGAGCAGUCACAGUCACAUCCUGGAGUCUUUGCUGGUGUGCUCUUCUCUAAUGCUCCUUGUGGGUCUGGCCAUAUUGGCAAGAAAGAUGUGGAAACUACACAAGCAGGAUCCUGUGCUGAGACAAGUUAAGGAGAUGAAGGCAAGGCUCAGUGGGUAUUCAGGAGAUGUAGGUGACCUGCCGGAUGCUACUGUUGUUUUCCUCAACAGGGAUUCCCAGGACGUACAUACUAAAUGUAAUGAAUUUGUCAGUAUUCAGUAGUCAGUGCAGCAUUCACUGUUAUUCCCUGUAACUGAAUGUAAUUUUUGUUAGCUCAAUCUAAUUCUACUGUCUUUUGUAUAUUGCAUAUGACACCACAUUUAAAGACAUUUAUGGUGUUUUCUGCUUGCUAUUCUCCAUAUGCUUUCCUUAUUGUAAGACACAUAAUCAUGUGGUCCGUUAUUUAAUUUGGUCAAAAACAGGGCCAUAACUACCACUAAGGACACUGAUACAUUCUCCACCUAUUUAGCUGUACAUGUACAUUAUAUUGUUAUCUGAUCCCAGUAUUUUUAGAUACUUAAAGUUGAUUUCUUUUGUCCAAAAAUAUAAAAACAUACAGGAUUAUAAUUAUUUCCCCACUUCAGUUUUAUGAUGUGGUGAAAUUAAAUAGUAACACUUCACUUUACGUGUCUGUAAUUUCCUGAUGAGAGUAUCAGUAUUAUUAAAUUUCAUUGAAAGAACUUAAUAAUGUGUUAUUAAGUAAAGAGGAAACAAAGUUAAACUUCUGUCGGCAGCAGAAACAAGCAAACACAACUAUGACAUAAUUAUCACCUUUUCAAUUUAUAUGUUGAACUUGUUAGCCUAUCACACAUCCAACAGAUGCGGAACAACAUUAAUAUAUUUAUAUCUAUAAUAUAUAUAAAAUAUAUCUACUUUGGUGUUUUGGUCUCCACCAACUCCUGAGGGAAAUAUCCAGCUCUUUAGCUAGCUUAAAUGCUUGAUUGUUUGCUAGCUAGUUGAAAACUUUGAUAUAGAGCUUGGGGGAGCAUAAAGGGCCAGGAUAGAGUUUGAUAAGUAAUUGUUUUCCAGAGGAACUUGCUCAGAACAAUUGUUCAAUUUUAAUUAAAUAUCCUGAAAAUAUAAUUCAAGGUCUUCCCAAUACUUUCUUUUUUGUCUCUCUGGGAUGCUGUCUCAUUCUCGCUCUGUCAGGAGUCCAGAUAUGUAAUGAAAUCUGUUUUAAUUAUAUCAGCACUUAACACCAAUCAUGCUGAUCAAAAAACAAUGUAACCUUCAAGUCUAAUGACUGCAGUAGUCAUGCACGCUGACUCUUACUGGUUUAUUGGGCUCUGUAAAAGAUGGACUGAGACAAGAUGGUGUUGGAAUUGUUGCCAGCUCCAAAUGGCCAUUUGUUGGAAAGAAUCUGUCCCAAAGAAAUAAGUCCAAUGUGAAUUAAUAAUAUUAAGACGGUAAAGAUCCCAAGGGACUGACACAGGCACAUUUUCAGUUUUUGUUGCUACAGAGUUUAUCGCAAUAAUGAAAUGGCUAAUUAACAUUUCUGCUUGCAUACAGUCUGUUUGACAGAGAAUUUGUGGUAGCAAAUGCUGAUGAUAUGAACAUAGUUAUGAGAUCUUAUAAGAUUAUCUUUUAAGACAGAAAUAAGCAAAUCAAAACAGGAUAUAUUAGAAGGAGAAAGAAAAAAAACAGCUCUACAUUUCAUGCUUGUGCUGACUGUUCUCAUACUGAACCGCAAACGAUGUGUUAGAAUUAUAAAUUCAACAGGCUAAUGAGGCGACCACAGCAGCUGUGUAACCAGCUAGAGCUGGGAACAGCGAGUCAUAACUGGAUCUCACCUUCAUAUGUGCAAAGUCCAUGUUUUUGAAUUGUGAUACAGAAAAUCACAAUUUGUAAAAAGUUAAAUUUCAAAGGUUCAGUGUUUGUGGGAUCCUGUAGGCUCAGAUUCCUCCAUGUUCACCCCUAGCACUGAGUUGCAUGGUGUAAUUCUGGUCUCUGGUUAGCAUAUUUAAAGCUUUUACUGUAGUAUUCCUCUCUAUAAUGUCCAAUUUACAUGAAAUUUAAGAAAAAAAAUUAUCUUACUGUGCAGUAGGUUAAUCUCUCCACAGAGAUUAACCUACUGAAGAGCUAACAACAAGAGCAUACAACUGCAAUUCUGUAAGCAAUGCCAACCGCUCAGGGACAAAAGGUUCUGGCUUUUCACUUAUACCUUUUUAUAUAUUUAAAAAUCAUUAAAAAAUCA